AGGUUAAAUGACGGGGCAACGACCCAAGAUGCUUGACGACACGCAUUGGACAUGUAUCGUGUUCUAGAGGCAAAGGGUGAGUUGCACCUCAAUGAUUUCCUAUACGACAACGUUGACUGCGGUCGGCUGUGGGAGUUGGGUGGCCAGCAAGGCAGGAGGAGAACGCCAGUCACCCAGGAUGAUGCAAGGAGGGAUCUUCGAUGGGGUUGGGUGCCAUCUGCAGUCCCAUUUGGAUAUGACCGUGUCAAGAUGCAAGUGCGUGAUAUCAUGGGCAAUGUGUGGAGCGCGCAUUACGUGAAUGGCAUGUUUUCGUUCCGUCAUUUCGACAGAGAAGCAGCUGCAGAGGAAAAAGAAGCGAUGAGAUGCAGGCCACGCGAUGCACGCAUUUCUGACCCGCCACUCGGCAAUCCUGUCGAGUUGGCCCUCGCUGAAGGGAAGGUGUUUACAGGUGAGAAGCGCAUCACAUACGUCCACGUUAUGGGGAAAGAAACCACAUUUGAUGGCAUCUGUAUGGACGUAUGGGACCAUACAGCAAUGCGGAAGGAUGUCAUCGCAGCCAGUAACAUUGUGGCGCAUGUGAUUCAAGAAGGGCAGUUGUACCAGCAUGUGGUCCGUGACCAUGUCAACUGGGUACCUGGUUCUUUGCAUCCAGCAGUUGUUGAUGGCAAAGUGACACUGGCAGCAAGGAUGCAAUCCGGUGAGUGGCUGCCUUUGGGUUGGAUGCAUGCUGGCGUUGUGGAGCAUUGGCAGUUCUUGGUGGUGGUGACAUGUGUUUCCGUUUGCAAUCCUCAUGUGAGGGACCGGCGAUUGCUGGAGGAACACGCUCAACGUUGUUGGGAGAAGAUAAGGGAGGAAGAUCGGCAGAUGGUGUGCAUGGGAUAUGACGACCACAAUGACCGGGCGAUGUGGUUCAUUGUGGAAGACGCGUGCACCGACCAACCACGGCCCUCGACGAAUAACUUGUUGCUGGAGGGCAUUUGACACAGAUACGGGUGCACAUCACUACUUGGGUGGAUCCCUGUCGUCUGUCCCAUGACAUAUGAGCAUGGGGAACAAAUGUGCAUGAGAUUG